AGGGGUGGGGAAAUUUCUAUUGCUCUUCUUGUCGGUGACAUACGGUAGAGGGGUUGGCCCUGCUUUGGUCCACCUGCCAGAGGAGUUUAAAGUUUCCGAGGCUCAGACGAACACAAUGACUUGGAUCAAACCGUCUAAAUGAGAAGGAGGGUGUUUAUUCUGCCGCCGGGAAGCCGUUAAACUUCUGCCAAGCUUACCAUCCCUCCCUCUCUCUCUCUCUCUUUCCUCUUUUAUUUUUUAUUUUUAUUUUUUUGAUGGGUCCACGCGGCCUCCAAACUCAACCGAUUGGCCAAUCUCCUCUUGCAUUCACCAGAGAUUAUUUCUGACAACCGAGGAUAUUCUGAACGCUUGGAGACCUAGGACUGGAAAACGAAACGACCGGCCAAUGUGGUCACAGCGUUAUUUCGGGUCGCAUGCUACCAGAUGGGCGCUCAGUGAAUGGCUCAGGGAUGUGAAUGGGCAGUUUAAAAUAUGAUCCACCCCCCACGCCCUAUAAUGCUAAAACAGGUUUGAUUCCCCUCACUUUUCUUUUGGUUUAGAAGUAUCCCCUCUCCCCCCUCCCCCCAAAUCCUUCUGGCGACGUCAAUUAACUCAACUUUGCAGUAGAACCGACCGAAAAGGAGGAGGAGAAUGAAGCAACCUGGGUCGUUUUAGCAAGUGUUUGGAGACGACGUCGCAGAGGCCCGGGUGGCUGCGGGUGAGACCGACCGCGGCCCGUGUGGAUCCCGGGUUGGACACUGCGUUCGUGGCUAUGGCGCUCCCGGUUCCCGGAAUGCACAGAGGAUAGAGACCCGGCCCCAGGAGGGAAGGUAGGGACCUAGGGACUGGUGAUCUCACGGCCGCUUUAGAGGCCUUGGCUGCCUCCCGUCGGCUACAUUUAUUAUCCUUAUCACUGAUCUCGAAAAAAGUCAUGGAAGACGGCCCGCUGCCGGACCUCAGGGACAUCGAACUGAAGCUGGGGCGCAAAGUACCCGAGAGCCUGGCGCGCUCCCUCCGUGGGGAGGAGCCGGUUCCCGGGGAGAGGGACCUGGACCCCCGCGGGGGCGGCGGCGACGGCUGCGGCAGUAGCAAUAGCAGUGGCAACUGCAGCUUCCCCCCUUCCUCGUCUUCCUCCUCCUCGUCCUCCCCAACCUCCGGCUCCCUACGACGUAGCCCCUCCGGCACCCUGGAGAGGCUGAAAACCAAGCUUCACCUCCUCCGCCAAGAGAUGGUUAACCUCAGAGCCACAGAUGUCAGGCUCAUGCGCCAGUUGCUCAUAAUCAAUGAGAGCAUUGAGUCCAUUAAGUGGAUGAUUGAGGAGAAAGCCACCAUUACCAGCCGAGGCAGCAGCCUCAGUGGCAGCCUGUGCAGUUUGCUGGAGAGUCAGAGCACCUCCUUACAUGGCAGCUACAACAGCCUACAGGAUGGCAGUGAUGGAAUGGAUGGCAUCUCUGUGGGAAGCUAUCUGGACACUUUGGCAGACGAUGUCCCAGGUCAUCGGACACCAUCAGACUUGGACCAGUUCAGUGACAGCUCCAUAAUAGAGGAUUCACAGGCACUAUCAAAGCAUCCCAAAUUGGAUUCUGAGUACUACUGCUUUAGCUAAUGACCCAGGUUUUUUGUUUUGUUUUCUGCACGGGACUGGUGUGCAAUUAACUUGUAUGCAUUCUUCUACUCUGCUGCUAUAUUUUUGAUGUGAUUUUUUUAAUGAGGCAACCUUUUUAAAGAAGGUUAUUUUCAAAGUGCUUAAUGACAUUUCUGUUGCUCCUAACAUUGCUCAUCUAGACUGAUUUAUUUUUCUCUAUCACAUCUUUAUUUUUAUUUAUUUACAGUUAAACAUUCUCCCUUCUCUUACAGUAGCAUAGACAAAAGUGGCAGGGGAAGAAUAAGCAAUAAUGAUGUCUUUGCUUUUGUUUUCAGAGUAAGGGGUCAGGGAUUACAAAGAAAGCUUUGCUAAAUUUUACAAUAAACCAAAGUAUGAUCACU